AUGAGUAAAUGCCCACCGACAGAAAUUGUCAACCCAGGGCAAACUUGUUAUAUUCCGCAUCACGCUGUCUUACGUGACAGCAGUGCAACAACCCGCUUACGAGUAGUCUUCAAUGCGUCAUGUCGCACGUCAAACGGGACGUCGUUGAACGACCAUAUGCUAGUCGGUCCUAAGCUUCAAAAGGAUUUAGCCUCUGUCUUAAUGCAGUGGCGUCAAUAUCGCUACGUAUUUGCCGCUGACAUCGCAAAGAUGUAUCGGCAAAUCCUAGUUGAUUCCCGAGAUAUCGACUACCAACGUAUUGUGUGGCAAAUAACCCCAGGUGAACCCAUAACGGAUUACCGUCUCCUCACCGUUACCUAUGGUACAGCAGCCGCUCCAUACUUAGCCCUUCGAGUUCUAGCUCAGCUCGUCGAAGAUGACGGGGCCGAAUUUCCGCUCGCUGUUCCCGUCUUACGUCAUCAAACGUAUGUUGACGAUUGUGUUUUCGGCGCAGAUGACCAUAUUCUUGCUCGUCAGACCCGCGACCACUUAAUAGAAUUAUUAAAGAAAGGAGGCUUUCGCCUUCGCAAGUGGGCAAGCAACGCCCCCUCGUUAUUGUCCGAUCUCGAUCCCGCGGAUCAUGGAUUAGCUACGCACAAGGUGCUUCAAGACGACGAGCAUCUCAAGAUUUUAGGCAUACUUUGGAAUCCAAAGCUAGAUAUCUUUCAAUUCCGCGUAACCGUACCGAACACGCCUGGCCGCACAAAACGAACCAUUUUGUCGACCAUCGCCAAGUUUUUCGAUCCCUUAGGAUGGGCUACUCCCAUCAGUAUUACCGCAAAAAUUUUUAUGCAGCAAUUGUGGUCUCUCCAAUGUCAGUGGGAUGAUGAAAUUCCCAGCCAACUUCUUGACUACUGGUCUGAUUACCAUCAACGACUUCCAUGUCUCAACGCCAUUAGCAUUCCGCGCUGGACAACUUACGGCUCUCAUACGCUACAUUGUGCCCUUCAUGGGUUUUCCGACGCCUCAACUGCAGCCUUCGCAGCGACCGUAUAUCUGCGCACCGUCAACGUAGACGGCUUAAUCACCGUCUCUCUUCUCGCUGCCAAAUCAAAAGUGGCUCCUCUUAAAACGAUAAGCAUCCCACGAUUGGAGUUAUCCGCUGCGUUGCUCCUCGCGCGCUUGAUGCAUUUCGCACGAGCAGCGCUCCAACUCCCGAAUCUCGAGUGCCACUGCUGGACGGACUCCACCAUCACCCUCGCCUGGCUCAAUCAAUCCCCUUAUCGAUGGAAAACCUUUGUCGCUAAUCGUGUUUCGGCUGUGCAGUCUCUCCUCCCUGGAGUCUCAUGGCGACACGUUCCGACGCACACCAAUCCCGCGGACUGCGCGUCACGCGGUCUCGCUCCUGAUCUGUUAGAAAAUCAUGCCUUAUGGUGGUCAGGCCCUCCAUGGCUACACCACUCUUCCGACUCUUGGCCGAACUCGUGCCCUCCGAUAUCCGCUGAUGUUCCGCUCGAACAACGCCCGGAACCAUCGAAAUAUGUCUUGCAUGCUACGUGCAAUUGGGAUCUCGCGUCGCGUUACUCUUCGUGGCCACAACUGCUACGCAUUACCGCUUACCUGUACCGAUUUCUCAGUCGAAUCCGACGCUCUACACACCCACCACAGACCUCCGCGACUUUGCUUCCCGACGAAAUUCAGAAGGCAAAAUGUUACUGGCUCAAAGUCAUGCAAUCAGACAUGUUCCGUGACGAGAUCGUUGCUCUUAGCCAGAAGCGAUCGGUGCCGAAGAGCAGUCCGCUGUCUGUUCUUAAUCCGUAUAUGGACGAACACGGACUCAUUCGAAUUCGAGGAAGGCUCCGUCGAGCUUGCUUACCAGAAGCGAUGAAGAAUCCCAUCAUAUUACGCGCGCAUCCGCUGUUGGUGCUUAUUAUCCAGCAUCAUCAUCUGAGAACGUUGCACGCCGGUUCACAAUUAACGCUCACGUCAUUGCGGAACGAAUUUUGGAUUCUCCGGGCUCGCGCCACUGUUCGAUCCGUCCUUUACAAGUGUAUACCAUGCACGCGUGAACGCGCCGCCGUGCCCGUCGAACUCAUGGGUAACCUUCCGGCUGCAAGAGUCAACCGCACCGUUCGCGCCUUUAUCCAUACCGGCGUCGAUUAUGCAGGUCCGAUCGUUGUCCGCACAGCGCCUGGUCGAGGCCAUAAAUCGCAAAAGGCCUAUAUUGCGUUGUUCGUAUGCCUCACGACCAAAGCUCUGCACUUAGAGCUCGUCAGCGACUACACCUCUCCUACCUUUAUCGCAGCAUAUCAACGAUUUGUCUCUCGUCGAGGACUACCGACGUCCAUGUAUUCUGACAACGGAACCACAUUUCACGGCGCUGAUCGUCAACUUUCAAAGGCCCAUGCUGCAGCAAUACGCGAUCCUAACUUCCGCAGCCGACUCGCUCACGACGGAACCGCGUGGCACUUUCUACCCCCUGCGUCGCCUCACUUCGGUAGCCUGUGGGAGGCCGGCGUUAAAAGUGUUAAGCAUCAUUUAAAACGAUGCAUCGGCCUCCACACGCUAACUUUCGAGGAGAUGUCGACGCUCCUUUGUCGAGUCGAAGCGUGCCUUAAUUCGCGUCCGAUCGCUCCCGUUUCUGAAAAUUUCGACGAUUAUCACGCUCUGACUCCCGGUCAUUUUUUAAUUGGAACUUCUCUUAUCGCUCCCGCUGAACCAAGCGUGCUUGAUUUGAACGAAAACCGACUGUCGCGUUGGCAAAUGGUCCAACGAAUCACCGAAAGUUUUUGGAAGUCAUGGUCGAGCGAUUACUUGCAUACCCUUCAACAACGCCCAAAAUGGCGCGUCGUCCAGCGACUAGCCAAAGUUGGCCAAAUCGUCCUCGUGCGUAACCCUUCGGCUCCACCGAGCCAAUGGGCACUUAGCCGAAUUAUCGCUUGUCAUCCCGGCGAGGACAAUUUAACUCGCGUCGUAACAGUAAGAACGAGUUGUUCGGAAUAUAAGCGACCGAUAGCGAAACUGUUUUCUACCUGUCACGAUUAA